UUCCAUCUUGAUGACUCCGAGAAAGUGAGCAUGAAACCUUACAUAGUCAACAAUAAUUUUUACGUUGGAAUCAAGAACAAAGAAGCACGACAGGCUCUCCAUGGUCUCUGGUUCGUUAAUAAACACGGACACUGCGCAAAAGAAAAAGUACAACGAGCACAAAACAAAUACCUUGAUGGGAUUGGAAUCACGUAA